UCAGACCUUCUUGGGUGGCAUUCAGAAUGGAGCAGAAUAAACACCAGAAGGGAAUACCCAGGGCGCCAUUAAGUAAUGAAUCUAGUUUGAAGGAAUUAUCAGAAACAGCAAAGUUGCUGAACACAAGUGGCUCAGAGCAGGGCCAGAAACCAGUGUCCCCUCCUGGAGAAGAAAGUACCUCUGGACAUCACUCCCUACAAAAAUUGGAACUCAGGAGAAAGGACGUUGAAGUAAAGAUGUAUAGUCUACGAGAAAGAAAGAGCCUUGCAUACCAAGAGGUCAACGAGCCCCAGGAUGAUGACUACCUCUAUUGUGAGAAGUGUCAGAACUUCUUCAUUGACAGCUGUGCUGUUCAUGGGCCCCCUACAUUUGUAAAGGACAGUGCAGUGGACAAGGGGCAACCCAACCGCUCAGCCCUCACUCUGCCCCCUGGUCUGAGAAUCAGACCAUCAAGCAUCCCUCAGGCUGGGCUUGGAGUAUGGAACGAAGCAUCUGAUCUGCCAUUGGGUCUACACUUUGGCCCGUAUGAGGGCCAAAUCACAGAAGAUGAAGAGGCAGCCAACAGCGGAUACUCCUGGUUGAUCACCAAAGGGAGAAAUUGCUAUGAGUAUGUGGAUGGAAAGGAUAACUCUUGGGCCAACUGGAUGAGGUACGUGAACUGUGCCAGGGAUGACGAGGAGCAGAACCUGGUGGCCUUUCAAUAUCAUAGGCAGAUCUUCUACCGAACCUGCCGGGUCAUCAGGCCAGGCUGCGAAUUGCUGGUCUGGUAUGGGGACGAGUACGGCCAGGAGCUGGGCAUCAAGUGGGGAAGCAAGUGGAAGAGCGAGCUCACGGCAGGGAAAGGAGACAAUGCAUACAACACAGGGAGUUGUGUCAACAUCUUCCUGACCAAAAAUUUCCUCUUUCAGCAGAACCAAAGCCAGAGAUACAUCCAUGUCCUUCCUGCUCUCUGGCCUUCUCCAGUCAGAAAUUCCUCAGCCAACAUUUGGAACGCAAUCAUCCUUCUCAGAUCUUCCCACAAAUAUCCGCAAGAGAAUAUUUCCAACCAGAGGAUCCCUGCCCAGGCGAUCAGAAUCAGCAGCGGCAGCAAUAUUCUGAUCCGCAGAGCUGGAGUGACAAAGCUAAAGGCCAAGAGGUCAAAGAAAGUUUCAAACCUUUGCUUAAAAGUGUAAGGCAGAGAAGAAUUUCAAGGGCCUUUUCCACCCCAUCCAAAGGACAAACGGGGAGUUCUGCAGUGUGUGAGGGAAUGGUGGAGGAAGAGCCCAGCACAGGCCAGAAAUUGAAUCCAGAGGAGACAGGAAAAUUAUUCAUGGGGGUAGGAAUGUCAAGAAUUAUAAGAGUCAAAUAUAGAGGCUGUGGGCAAGGCUUCAAUGAUAGGUCACAUCUCAGCAGACACCAGAGAACACACAAAGAGGAGAAGCCCUCUGUUUGCAAGGACUUGAGGAGAGAGUUCGGUCAUAAGUCAGUCCUUAUUACACACCAGAGGACACACACGGGGGAGAAGCCCUACGUUUGCAGGGAGUGUGGGCGGGGCUUU